UAAAAGGUGAGGAAAUUUUGGGAACAGGGUACAAAUUGUUGAAUAUUUUUCGUGUCUUUGUUUUCGAUGUGUUGAAUUAUAGCUCUCGGGGGAAAUGGAUUCCUUUGAAUGCUAGGGUAAGCACUUGAAAUUGUUUAGAUAACCGGCGGAGUUUCCCUCUGGAGCUUCCAAUUUUUGGGUAUCUGUUCAAUUUACGUUUCGAAUGCUUAAUUUGAUGAAGAACAUUGCGGAAGUUAUUCCGAGUUCUUUCUUGUAGAUCCAUUAGGAAUCAAAUUCUGCUUGAUUAUGUUCUCUCUUGUUUCUUGUUAUAAUUAUGGAGUUAUAUUGAUGUAUAGCCAUGUAUAUGCAGCUCUUGGGAAGAACGGGUAAUUUACUACUUUUUGGAAACCACAAAACUUGGUUGUAAUAAUGUCAAGACCUUGGGUUCUUGUCUGUCUGCUGUUACUCAUCGUGUUCUCCUCACAAUUUGAGUGGAGGCAACAGUAUGAGAACGAACUUGAAGCAGGCCCAAACGCCUCACAGACAGAACCCCAUAUGUCUGAAAGAGAGGAAGCUGUAAAAGAAAAGAUUAUCCUUUCCCAGGAGAAAAACAUCCGGAGAUUGAAUGAGGUGGUGCAGAGUCUUAGAAGAGAGUUGGUCGAGUGCAGGGGUGAAGAACACGAGGCAGUGAAUAGCACGGUGAGGCCUAUGACUGAGCUUCUAACAGUGUUCAACCGGCAGCCGAUAUUAGAUGAUUAGGUCCCAUGCCACUGACCACCACCCGUUCUUGUUAUUACACUUUGAUAGGACUCUUAACUGUAGAUGUAGAACAAUGUGUCCUCCUUCAACUCUAUCCAUCACUCAUAAUUAUAUAUAUAUAUAUCAAAUCUACGCCCUAUGAUUAAUUAAGCUAAGUUGAUUGUCAU